AUGAAGGAACUCUCCCCCGAGGCCUUGUUGCUGUCUUUUGCACAUUUAUGUUUCCUCUGUGGUUUUCUGGGUGAAGCUCGCGCUCAGGAGGCAGCCGGCGGUGAGGACGCGCUCCGGCGGGGGUUGACAUGGCAACAUAACGGGCAGGUCUUCAGCAUCCUGAGCCGCGGCUCUCAGUACCGGCCGUCGAGCAGGAGGCAAAGCGGGUCACCUAGCCGCGGCGGCCCCGUGGUGGUCGUCAGCGGCGGGAACGACACGGUCCCCGCCGCGCCCCGCGGCUCCCCGCGGGUCCCCGCAGCCAGCGGCACCGCGCAAUUACGCGCGGUGACGCGUCAGCAGCAGCGGCCGUUGCCGCCGCCGCCGCCCGCCGGCGAAGGUGACUCUGCCCCGGUGAGACGGGAGGACAUGAUGGUCGGAGACGAUCCGUACAACCCCUACAAGGCUUCCAACUAUUAUCCCUACUACAACUACUACAACUCGUACUACAGACCCAGACCCAGGAGUCGGCCCCGGCACGGAUACGGCACCAGCUACCACCAGCACGGUCUCCCCGACCUGGUUCCCGACCCCUACUACAUCCAGAUCGCCACCUACGUCCAGAGAAUGCCCAUGUACAGCCUGCGCUGUGCUGCUGAGGAGAACUGCCUGGCCUCUUCCUCUGCUCAUGCUCAGGAUUAUGACACCAGGGUGCUGUUGCGGUUUCCCCAGAGGGUGAAGAACCAGGGAACGGCCGACUUCCUGCCCAGCAAACCCCGAUACGCCUGGGAGUGGCACAGCUGUCACAAUCACUUCCACAGCAUGGACGAGUUCAGCCUGUACGAGCUGCUGGACGUCCAGACUCAGAGACAGGUCGCCGAGGGCCACAAGGCCAGCUUCUGCCUGGAGGACACUUCCUGCGACCCGGGAUAUUACCGCCGCUUCGCCUGCACCUCGCACACUCAGGGUCUGAGUCCGGGUUGUUAUGACACCUACAACGCCGACAUCGACUGUCAGUGGAUCGACAUCACCGACGUCUCACCUGGAAAAUACAUCCUCAAGGUGUCCGUAAACCCCAAGCAGCAGGUUCCAGAGUCCAACUUUAACAACAACGUGGUUCGUUGUGACGUCCACUACACCGGCACCGCUGCCCACGUCUCCGGAUGCACCACGACGGACCACUGAGAUGAAUUCUCCGACACGAGCCUGAAGGUGGACGUAGACGGAGGAGACGGGUGGAGCUACGCGGGAGUAAAUAUUACAGUUAGUCUGUGUACAUGUGAUGCUAAUAACUCAAUUAUAACCUCGUUAUCGAAGCUGUCAUUCAACCGCCUGGAGCAGGGAGCGUGGUCUGAUCAAUGGGGUCAGCUUACUCUCCGAGACAUUUCUAAAACCACUAUGGCGGAUGGCCACUUGAAAAAUGGAUCCAAAGUGGGAGGCGUUCAUGCACUAGAGGUGGAAAAACACUCGGUCCAUUCUUUCCACUUCUGGGCUUCAGUGCAGCUCUGGCUCUUCACUGUAUUUACAUACACACCUACAUUUAUCUGAUAGCUGCAGUUACUGGUCUGUUGUUUUAUGUUUACUGUGCAGAUUUAGUUUCGAUAUCUAACGUAAGACUCUCUGAGACAAGCUCAUUUUUGGACAAGAGGUUUUACCGUUGUGAUGAGAA